AUGAGAGGGGGCACCGAUCGUGGCAAUAAAGGGGCUGCACGAGGACGAGGAAGAGGAGGCAGCAGAGGCCGGGUAAUGGCUGGUGCCUCAGCGACUCGUGGGCGCGGCGCGGGCGCUGCUGCUAGAGGCGCGUCUCAUGCAACAACCUCAACCUCAACUUCUUCGACAAACACCAACGUCGCCAAUUCGCCAUUCUCACAGCUCACCCAACCGAACCAACUGAACCAACUGGCCCCUCCACAGAACGUUUUCGGUAAACAACAAGCCCGGAGCAAGUCCCCCAUGGCACCUGGCGCAGGCCUGAGGGGCGGUGCCGCCGCUCGGAACAACACCUUCAGCCCCGGCGCAGGUCAACACGGUUCUCGACAGUCUCCUACGGUCAAUGGCCAUGGAACUUCUGCAAAGCCCGCGUCCGCCGAUCACACCGCAAUGUCGGGCUCCUACCCAGAUCGCUACGAGCAGCUGAAACUUGACCGCGCGAAACAAAGACAACGAGCUAUUAGAGAUGGACAGAUGGCAGAUCCGAAUCAGCCCACGUCACUGAAAAAGGCCAUUCGGCCCGUGGGUACUUGCGAGAGCAUGUGCCCCGAGUUUGAGAGGGUGGAACGCAUCGUCCAGAAGAUGGUGGAUCGCAGCGAGAAGUAUCUCGAUCCGUCGACAAAUACCAUGCAGAAUAUGGAAGCUAAGAUGCUGAAGCGCUUUCGCCGUUCGGCAGCGGGCUACGAUGAGCAACUUCCUUCUGAUAUUCGUACACCCAAGGCACUCUUGCAAGCGACAAAUUAUCUGAUCCGACAUGUGGUGGGCGGAAAUGAGCCUCUGGGCAUCGUACACAAAUUUGUUUGGGACCGGACACGCUCCAUUCGCAAUGAUUUUUCGGUUCAGCAAGUCACCCACGAAGUGGACGUCAAAGUGGCUGUUAUGUGCUUGGAGAGAAUCGCUCGUUUCCACAUUCUCUCGCUACAUCUACUUUCAAGCCCCGCGAACGAGGAACAGUUUGAUCGCCAUCAGGAACGUGAACAGCUGAACAACACCAUGUUGUCCCUGAUGUACUACUACGAUGAUAACCGUGGACGCGUGCUCUUCCCUAAUGAGGAGGAGUUCCGUGCAUAUUACAUUCUGUUCUCCAUUCACGACCAACGGCCCGACCUCGAAGCCCGCGUUCAAAAGUGGCCAGCAGCACUGCUCAAUUCCCCUCGCGUCCAGGUAGCGUUGGAGUUGUAUGCAGCGGCCUGCAACACAUGGGAAUACCAAGGCACGCUAGAUGCUCGACGACCAAAUGCCAUUGCGCAGGGCUUCUACACUCGCUUCUUCCACAUCAUCGACUCGCCCAGCGUCUCGUAUCUGAUGGCCUGCGUGGCGGAAAUCUACUUCAACCAUGUUCGGCAGACGACGAUCCGUGCCAUCUGGAAGGCUUACUGCCGAGCUCCAGCAUCGCAGCAGCACAAGAACGAGGAGUGGACGGUGGAACUUUUGACCAAGGUGCUGUAUCUUGAUGACGACGAGCAGACCAUCAAGUUCUGUGAAGAGCAGGACCUCCAGUUUGCUGAGAAUGCCAAUGGCCAAAUGUAUCUCAACUGGGGUACUCGCCCUGUUGACUCUGUCGGGUUUUCACCUUCUUCCGAGCAUGCCUUCUCGGAUACCUACGUUGAGUCGAAGCGUGCUGGUCGAAACUUGGUGGCCGUUGUUCUCGGAAUGACCGUUCGAGAGGCUGCGGCCAUGGGUAUGAUCGAUGAGUCUGCAGUGCCUGAGCGCAUGGAAGAAACCCCCUCGGAAGCUCCUACUCCCAUCGAAAAUAUCUUCGUGAGUGACAAGGACAAUACGACUCCGGCCCCCACAGUGGAAAUUGUCCCUACGUCUCUGGAUAGCGAUGUUCCAAGUUCUGCUUCGCCUACGAAGGAUGUGUUCAACCCUUUCCAACAAACCACACAAACGCCUUCGCCAUUUGGGAAUCUCCCUCAAGCAGCCCAGCCUCCCACACAGGCUGCAGCCCCGCAAGCUGCGAAUCCCUUCUCUGCGAUGUUAUCCGGCGCUCAAGCCAACAAGGUGGCGGCACCGGCACCGGCAACCCCAUUCGCUGCUAAGCUUACCCCUUCGCCUUCUCCAUUCGCUUUCCCGAAGCCGGCCGAAACAACUCAGGCGGAGAGUGCCUCGACAGCUCCUUUUAUCGAUUUCUCGAAGCCUGCGGCAACCCCAGUGGCUAAAGAGGGCACACCUCCAGUGCCGUCUCCAUUCACUUUCCCCAAACCGGCUGAGACUGCUGAAAAACCUGCUGCUCCUUCAACGAGCUCCGCAUUCGCAUUUACCAAGCCAACCGAGACGGCUGAAAAAGUUGGUGCCACCGCAACGCCCUCCCCGUUUGCUUUCCCUAAGCCGACCGGGACAACCGUAAAGGACGUCACACCAACAGCCUCCCCUAACCCAUUCGCUGCCUCCUUGUCUGCUUUUGUGCCCCCGAAACCGUUGGGAUUAGCGGAGGACCCUGUUCCUUCUGCGAACUCCCCCUUCCCUACAACAGAGGCCAACACAGCUACCUCGAAAUCAUUGGAGGCGCCGACCGCCGCCCCAUCCCUGUUCAAGCCAGCCUUCCCUCAGCCGUCUACAAGCUCCGCCACUUUCCCCUCUACUACAUCACCCUUCAACUUCUCAUCAAUUACACCAGAAAUAUCUCAAUCCCAACCCCCAGCUCCUAUUUUUACGGAAACUAGUUCGGCCCAUCAAACUUCUACUGUUUUCGAGCCCGCUAAGCCAUCGCCGUUCAGUGGAUUCUCGCAGCCUUCUCUGUUCCAGCCUCCAAAGGCAUCUGCAGCCGUGGAGAAAAAGAUCGAACAUGUCAAGGAAACCUCCAUGCCUAUGUCCCAACCUGGCGAGAUCCCACCCACAGCACCAAGUGCAACUCCAAAGCUUUUUAGCCCCUCGGCCGGGCCCUCUGUCUUUUCUACAUUCCAAACCAAGAAACCUCUAUUCCCCUCUCCAAGCCCCCUCGCAAGUACUAAUGCCGUCGCCGAACCUCCUUCAAUCCAAGGAAAGGAGUCUGUGUUCCCACAAACCCAGCCAGAUCUGUUCGCCAAGCCUGCGAAGCCCAAGCAAGAUGAAGCUGUUGUGCAAAAGCUACCACCGGCUGAAAUUGCGGCGAAGAGUCCAGAACCGGUGGAGCCGGCCUUGUCUGUUUCGCAGCUCAACCAAUCGACCACCUCGCUCAGCUCAACCCAAACAUCUGUCGAGUCCGAUAAUCUUCAAUGGCGACCCCCACAGACAGAAGAGGAAGAAAUCGCCCUUUACCAGCGAAUCAUGAAGCGCGCCGAGGAAAAAGCGCAACGCAAGGAGGAGAAGCGCAAGCGAAAGCGGAUUCUAGAUGAACAAGCAUUGGCCGAUUCAUUGCGUGAGGAACGUCUGAAAGCAUCAAAGUUGUCAACACCUGAAGAGUCACUUCCACCCGCCAAGAGAUUCUCACUGGCCGAGUCAUCCAUCAAAGCUCUGCCAACGCUUCCUUGCCUAGAAAGAGCCAAGGCUCUUCUGGAGAAAAGGCCGGCUUCGGCUGAGCCGGAUACCGAGGUCACAAGGAAACGCCAACGCGAGAUCGACGAGGAUGAAAUUCUCCUCAAUUCUGCUCGCAUCGUCGCCGAGCAACUACGCACUGGGCCCAAAAUCUUCGACGAGAUGUCGCCGCAAAGCCUCGCUGAGUACAACGCGUAUCACGCAUACUGGGAAGAACGGGGCAAGCGCAGCCGCUCAUACAGCAACAGCAUCAGCCCUGCCAUCACACCCUACGCGCAGAGUGCAUCACCACCACAGUUCCCGCGCCAUCCUUACGAGGUCGCAUACGCACCCGAGACGCCUCAAGGACUGGGACGUACGAUGUCUCGUACUGAGUACCGCAUUCGGAUGACCGGCGGACAUGGAUUGGCCUACAAGCCCUUGGAUUUCUCGCGGUCGAAGAGUCACAAGCAUCUAGACAAAGAAAAAGACAAGGGCAAGAGUCGUUUUGCCAUGAGUGGAUAA